AUGGCCAUCGAUGGUCGCAGUGGUCAACAAUUAUGGGUCCGUUACACUCCUCACGAGUUAUUUGCGAUAAUACACGGCGGCGAUCCUCUUAGGAAACCGAAUGAAAGGACAAGACUUGCCGGUCGACUGUUGAUAAUGUCGGCCAAAACAGGUACGAUAAUAUCGUGGAGUUUAGUUCCCGAUAAAUCGGAGAGCUAUUACUCGCCGCAACUACUGGUCCAUCCGGACAGCACUUUGUUGAUACUGUACGGAACGGGUGGUGAGACACACGCCGGCGCUCUCUAUGCCAUCGCUUUUGACGAUUUGUUAAACAAGCGGAUCGAGAGAUCGCGAGUCAUAUAUAAGGACUGUUGCAAAGGAGUUAUGGUUCCGCCGGCGCUCAUCGAUAUUAACGACGACGACGUUCUCGAUAUUGUUAUGUCUUUAUUUAACUCAACGGUCAUUGCUUUCGAUGGACUCGAGUUCAAAGAGCUCUGGAGAGCCGAGUUUCCCACUUCAGAGACUUAUAGCACACCAGCCGUUGGCUUCUUCAACAAUGACACCACUCCUGACUUUGUUGUCCUCAAUAACUUUGGUCCCGGUUUUCCCGUCUAUUAUAGCGCACAGUUAUCAGUUCUCGACGGAAGAAAUGGCAAACAACUGCUGGAAAAGCCAAUAGAUAUGUUGAUCGGCACACAGUCUUCACCACUCACUAUAUCGACAACCACUACAAGAGAUCUCUUUUUAUUCUGGUAUUCUUCGUGCGAUUCUCAGGAGAACGAUGUCAUAAACGCAUCAAAUGCUCAAACGUUUCAAAUAGCACCCGAGCCGGACACUGAACAACAAUUCGCAUAUCAGCCCUUAUAUCAGGAAUACCAAUACAAACGUCAACCCUAUUCGGACAACUCUUAUGAUCAAAAUUAUGACUCACGACCCGUCAGUUAUGACAGAAUUUUCAAAUCGCGCCGAAGGUAUAGAAGACACGUUGGGAUACAUGACGGCGGAGGCAUUCAACGAGUUAUUUCCACUGGUACUUUAGCGCCUCCUCUAAGCGGAGAUAAGGGGACAAUUGACUUGAUAUUUGGCACGUUUUGGUUCCCGGCGUCAAAGAAUGUAAAAUUGCUGACACAAGAGAUGUCUGACUGUAUCUCUCGAUUCAUGGAUCCGAGAGAAGAGAGCCGACAGAGGCUGGAGAGCGACGACACGUACUUCAAGCGAAUGGGUUUCGAUCACGACGCCUAUGAAGAGUCGGUCAAAAACAUGUGCACAAACCUCUACGACAAACGCACCACUAUUUCAUCGCCGGCCGACUCUUUGGCCAACAAUUUGGUCAAAGAAAUGGGAGAAAUGACUUUAUAUCGCGUUAACCUGAGAUGUGUUUCCGAUCAAAAGUAUGGCAAAGUGGGAGCCAUUAAGGAGUUUGACAGCCAGUGGUGGCCAUCCUAUAUGGGCAAAGAUGCCGAUUCUGUGGUCAAUGUUAAUGAUGUUAGUGUUGACCCAAAACAAUAAAUUUGUUUAAAAUGCAAUUAAUUUCCUCCCGAUUUCAAUGUCUUAUAUUAAAUACCAAAACAAAAUCUAAAAUA